AUGGAACAGAGCCAUCUCUAUCUGCACAAAUUCUACGCCCAGAUCAGCCCAAGGCCCCUCCUAGUCAGCACCGCUGGCCUACAUCAUUCGCACUCCGGCAGACCGGCGGCAACGCAACAACAACCCGAGCACAUUGACGAGCUGGUGGCUCUGGAACUGCAGCACCUGAAGACGCACUACGCCGACGAGGAGCAACGAUAUGUGGACCAGAUGCUGCUCGCGAAUCCCAUUGUGGUGGAGCGACGGGCACAGCCCAAACCGGAAACUGCAAUAUCCCCGACAGAGGCAGCCAGACCAGUGCCAGUACCAACACCUCCUUCGCCCGCACCUGCACCCGCACCCGCACCCGCACCAUCAUCCGCAAUGCCCAGCAGUCGCCACGACACCCAGCGUCAGAGAGCCGAGUCCUGCCGCAAGUCGCGCUACAACAACAAAAUCAAGAAGGCCAAACUGCGCUUCCGUCACAAGUUCGUCAGCAGCCAGCUAACCGAGAGCGUCGGCGUGCUGGACCACAUGCGGGAGGUGAUUGCUCAGGCGGAGGCGCAGCUGCUGGCGCGAGGCUUCAAUCUGGGUGCCCUGGAACGCAUGCGCAGGAAUUUUGGCGUGGAUCGGUGCAUGACAACGGCCAUGGAACAGUGA